AUGGCCAUGACUCAGUACAAAGCCGUUCGUUUCGAUUUGAUUGACCAUGACAAGGAAGCACAUAGGAGGUCUAAUUUCAUGGACCUUACCGACCCUUCAGGGUUCGCGCUAGCUACCCUUGCCGUACUACGUGGAAAACUGGACGACUUUGGGGUUCAUUUUGGACUAAAAUGCGCAUCCUUCAGCAAGAUGAACACUGGAACAUCUGCACGUUCAGCAUGCACUGCCAUCGGGGUGGAAGAGUACCAGUCAGUAAAUACUGGCAACAUGCUGAUGGAGAGGAGUUGUUUACUGAUCUUGCUCUGCACCUGUCUUGGUGCCGCAUGGAGUCUUGAACAACCAUCCGGUAGUCUGGCAGAAUAUUACCCGGCCUUCAGGGAGACCAUCCGAAGUAUUUUUGACAGCGGUGGUCCAGACGCAGUGCAGAACGUAAGAUGGUGGAUGCACCACUUCAAAAGCCUUACCCCGAAGCGCCACUAUGCAUACUCCAAUUCCAAACCGAUUCAUCGCUUGGACAAAGGCGUUCUUCAAGGGUGGAAGGCCAAGAAGAAAGAGGAGAAUGGUGUGGUGACAGCAACCCGUUACAUUGAUGCCAAUGGGAAAAAGCGGUACAAGGGAACCACGUCAUUGAAAAGUACGGAGAUUUACCCGGUGCCUUUUGCCCGUGCAUUCUGCGACAUGCUGGAGGACUUGAAGGCUGCCUGCAAAGGAAAACCUGAGCUUCCAGACCCAGUGCCCGAGGCAUUGACAUCAUUUCAACAGAUGGAAUACGCUGACCCUGAAAUUUGGAGAACCACUUGCUUUACCGAAGUUUACGAUUAUUUACGCCGCAACAAAAAGUUGCGCAUUCCAGCGGAGUGGCAGGCACUAUUGCCAGCUCGUUUGUAUGAGGUCUCCUAG